AGUAUUUGGUGUUAUGUGAUUAAGUUAAAAACCACGAGUGAAACAGCAGUUUUGCCGGAUAUAACUGUUUAUUGUGACCCGUGAGUGCAGUGUGGAAGGAUCGACGUAGUGUUAGUUGUUUGUUGUGAUUCGUGAGUGCAGUGUGGAAGGAUUAGCGGAGUGAUAAUUGGUGAUAGUCAAGAUUAGACGAGACUUAGCGGUCAUGCAAGGAACCAAGAUGAAGGAGCACGCACAGGAAACACAAGGUCUACGAUCCGUCCUCCGUGACUCCAACCAGAAAGCCAACCCGUUUAAUGACGUGUCGAUACAGGCGGACAUUCGAGUGGGGGAGCCCACCACCUACGAGAGCGAGGAUGAGCUAAUGGGGAUGGGUCGACGCAAGCAGCUGGGCAGAAGCAAGCGAGGGACCCCUCUGUACAGCAAGGAGGACAUCAGAGAGCAAUACUGCAUCAACGACAAACAGCUGCAUGGCCUUGAGGACAUACAGAACACGGGGGGCUUGUUCGGCUGUCUGUCCUCCUACCAUGUCGACCUUAGUGACUCUUCAUGUAGUUCAAGAAGCCCGGGCCUGUUAUCAGUUUGUGUUCGCCGGAAAGUGCCGUCAGAUGAAAACUUGGCAGAGUUGUGUAGAAGACCAGCCUACGAUUAUGCACCAUUUCCUCGAUGGCCAAGGUACUUUCCUCCUGAAGAAGCUGUCUACUUCAGACGAAGGCCUAAGUCGCUGUGUAAUGAUCCGCAUGGAUACACAUGGAUGGCAGAGGAUGAAGAGGCAAUCAGAAUGGAGCACCCUAGACCGAUCCGACCCGACGAAUACGACAUGUGUAACAACUAUCCGAGAAGGGGACCACAUUACAUGAGCUACAGUACAGAGUAUUUGGUUGGUCGACACAUGCCUUGUCCUGCCCAUCCACACCUGCCUCCACCACCACCGCCUCCUGCGAUACCUACCAUGCCUCACAGAACAAAACAUGUCAGUUUUGCUCGUUCACACACCUUAACAUCAUUUGACGAUGCAGUAGUCAGCAUGGCUGGAAGUGUUAGCUCGUGUAGCCAAGAGAGACUUAUUGAUGGGAAAAAGUCCACGGAAACAUUACAAGAACCUCAAAAAGUCGUUGUCAUGGAAAAAGUUAAAAGAGCUCCUAUGAAGACUCAAGCUACGCAGACGGAAGUUUGUUUAGGAAGAAAGCCUUUGCCUCCAAAUUACCUAACUCUUAGUCCAAGAACUGUACGAAGGGUUCGAAUGGUAUCACAAGGUGCACAAACUAAUGGUGACAAGAACAACCGAAGACUGAUGAAAAGCUUCUCUGAGGUGGGACAAUUUGGGGUGGGGGCAGCAAACACCAACACAAACACAGCUGACUCCCAUGAGCCUCUGCAACGAACCCAAUCUGAGGAGCCUCCUCGAUCACCCUUUCUUCCAACAAGUCCAAAGGAAAUCCUUAUAGACUUUGAACCCCUGGAGAGAAGAGGUAGAAAAAGAUUACUCGGCAAAACUGUAUCUGACGGAGAGAUAUUGGAAGCACAAGCUAGAGAAAAGGAAGAACGAGGGGAUGGAGCGACCCAAUCAGAUUGUGAGGCUUGUUAUCAGAAUACUUCCAUUGACGAACCAUCGGAGAAGCAGACGAGAUCAGGCUCCUCAGCAUUCUCGGGGUCUGAAGCCACUAGUCCUGUGAAACAGUUAAUAUCCGCAGACUCCCAGGAGGAGGAGUUUCACGAGAACCUAAUCUACGGAUCGCAUGGAUUGUUCCGCAAGCAGAGCACGGGCGAGGAUGCAGACAGCGGACUCAUGUCCAUGGCCGACCCCAAGCCCCCGGCCAAGGCACAGUCACCCUUCGCAUCCUCGGAUUCUCUCAACACACGUGAUCAUAGCGACGGCAUCUGGAACGAGUCUCAGACUACGAUCCUACACGCAGACUCUGACAACAACGGAGGAGGUACAGGUGUGAGCUGCUCAGACCUCAGUUCCUCGCUGAGUCCGUCGGCCGCCAUCAUGAACAUGACUCCCUCGUCUCGAAGGAAACAUCUCCUAAUGUUGCAGCAUCAGCAACGGUCGUCAAUGGACACCGAGGCCUUGGACGCUGAAGACUUGGAUGCUGAACAACCUCCUCUGUCCCCGCGAGUGCGAGGCACCGUGGAUCAGCUACAAACCGUGCCUACAGUCGCCGUUACCACACCUACUCAGGACCCCCGUACUGAUCCUGGAAAACCAAUCAUCAAAAACACACUGCCUUAUUUCAAAACACGAAUAGAACAAUCACUCUCACCUAGUCACAGAGCAAGAAGAAGAAGUCCUGAUUUGCGUCCACCAGAAGGAGAAACCCACCAACACAGUGACAUGUUGGCGAGAUCGGACUCUGGAAAGACAAACACAGAUAUGUCGGAAACAUCAACGACGACGGAAGAUUACGCCACAGCCACCGAGAACAAUUCCGGGACAGACACGAGUUCUCGGCUGCUGAGAGGGGACUCUGGCCAAUCAGCGACUGGUACGACGGCCACCAGUGUGGCUCAGUCGGUCACGGGCAGCUCCUUCGAGAGCGGCUCCUCACUGUACAGCCUAGCACGUGGUGAAGCCAUCGAGGAAGUACAGCAGGUGCCUUGUUCGCCCCCACCACCAGCGAAGGAAGAGAAAGAUAAGACCAUAGAGAUGCCUGCCGAGAAGAAACAGAAAGACAAUGAUUCUAUCAGUGGGGAAAGCAGUAGCUCAGGGAGUUACAGUGUUGACGGCAGCAGUGGAGAGAAAAGGCAGUCUGAUAGGAGUGGAGGGUGUUCUUCACCCGGUGACUACGAAUCCCCUGUAGAGGAACGAUCCAAGUCUAGGUCGUGGACUGAAGAGGAACGAAUUGAAGCAAAGAAAAGUUUCAAAUUAGAGCUGUCGUCACCUCAAAAAGAUCAGGCUUCUAGUCCACCCACAGUUGUAACUCCCCAGAGAGCCAUGUAUCCCAUCAAAUCUCCAGUCAGAGAUGGGGAACAAGAGGUGCCUAAAAAACCAAAAAGUAAAAAUGCAAGUCCCAACCAACCAUCAGGGAAACAUACACCAACACAGGUGGUGGUUAGUAACGGGAUGGGAGGUGAGUCAUCGGAAGACUCGAGUGGGGAGUGUGCCUGUGGCCGUCAACGGAGAUCUAGGGAGAGUCCUAGAAGGAAGUCCGGGGGAAGAAGUCCCACAUCACACAACCGUGCAAGACGGAGAAGCAACAGUGGUGAUGAGAACAAUCGACGGCGGAGCUCCAUAGCUGCCAAGUCACCCAGUCCUGUAGGGGUGGAAGAGGGAGCUACACUGAAGGCUGGGUCUCGUCUCUUCCCUGGCCAUGAGGCUGUGCGCAGUCCCGGCGGCAGUCCUAGCAGACGGGGCAAGUCCAAGGGAAUCUCAAGUCCAGAGUCAGCAAGACUGAAAGCACUGAGUGCAGAGAGUCUGCGCUCUGUCAGUCCUGGGUCAGACUCAGUGUUCUACAGUGAACACAGCAGUGCUACAGUUACAAUCACAGAACAACCUGCUUGUCACCACUGUGGUCGCAAUGUACACACGUCUCCACCAUCAGCAGGUGCGGUGAGUGGGGAAAGCAACGGGACGGAUCGCAGUGGGGGGAUGAGAGAGCCCAUUGUACAGCCCCCGGCGGGGUUUGCAGACUCUCCCCGCCCUGUACGAGCCACCACCCCUGCCCCCCGCCUGUACAAGAAGGCAGACAAGAGGUUCCGCUCGGAGGAGAGGAGACACGCGGCUCGGGUACACGCAGAGGCUGUGAGAGCCAAGUCUGAGGAGCGAGGGCGGGAGGAGAAGAAAGAGAAAGUCAGGCCUCUGACUCGAUCUACAGAUGCCAGUAUGGAGAAGCUGCGUUGUAGUCCCAGCAGUCUGUGUUCAGAUGAUGAUGACUGCGGAGUCUACACGGAUGCCUACUACGCAGCCACAUGGGUGUACAUUGGAGACAGUGAGGAACUGCAGGUGUGGCAGCGGCCGAACAGUCUAGAAGAUGAGGAAUCGUCGCGUAGAGACUCCCUCUACAGCUCGUGGACACUCAGUUGUGAAACCAUUGUUCCGAUCUUCGCUUGA